GUCUGGGCCCACAGGCUUCUGUGUUCUGCUGCUUGUGAAUAAACAGCUUUUCUUCUGCUCCAGCCUCCUAAUAAGUCUUGGUACCCCAUGGGUCCAGCCUGGCAGUGAAGCCACACAGCACAAUGGCCAAUCAGCUUCAGGCAGGAGCCAUUGUGAGAUCAUGGGUAAUACGUAUGUAGGGUAAUAGUGGUAUUAAUAAUAAUAAUAAUCAGACCUAGGGCCAGCCAAGUGCUGGGAUGAACACAAUAUGGCUUUCCCCUACAGGUAAGUGUCAUCUGCUCAGAUGAGGUGCCUUCACACUGCCCUCACACUUCCCUGCUUCUGGGACUGUGAUAGAGGAUCUCUAAAGCAGGGUGGGGGACCUGCCAGGGUCAUUCAGAUGUUGCAGGAUGACAGCUCCCAUCCCUGCUGACCACUGGCCACGCUGGCUGAGGCUCAGGGCCAUCUUACCCAUAGGUGCUAGAGGUGCGGGACACCCGGGUGCUGGGCUCUCAGGGGCACCAGGCCAAGAGUUCGGGGCCCGAGGGUUGAGUCUGGGGAACAGCCCGCCCGUUGAUCGGAGCGCCGCAGCAGGCUCUUCUACUGUUGGUGGCUCUGCAGGUGGAGGAAACUGCCCUGCUGGGUGGGCACAGCCUUUCUGGAUUUCUAUUGUAGUAGGUGUAGGAUUCAUUUGUCAGAAAAGAACAGGAAAGCUAAGCCCUGCUUGUCCUCUGUCAUGCCUUUUUCACAGAGCUUACCUGCCUCCCUAUGCCAUCGCCCCAGAAUAUGACAUCCACAGGCCCGCCUGCCUCUACGUUCCUAGUCCUGUAAGUAUGGAUUCCCCUCCCCCUAUUUGUUUGUUGUCUUGGCCUUGGUGUAGCUCCAAGCCUAGACAACUGCAUUAUGAGCUCAAUGUAGGGCUGCCCUUGAAGAGUGUUUGGGAGACAAUCUGUUUCCUGGCUGAGUGGGGCGACCAAAAGUGCACAUUGCCCAUGGCUGAAAGUCGGGAUUAUUUCCCUCUGCCAUAUACAGGGAAUGACCAUCUUGCUCUCAACCAAAACACGCGAAACUGCUGAUGCACACAGCUCUUUUGGCCCCAGAAGGGGGCGGAAUGGGCUUACAUGGAGCUGGUGACACAUAUGAUAACCCAGAACUCAACCCCCGUACUGCACUUCACAUGGCCAGCUCUAUGAUUUGGGGCUCUGAAUGUUUAAAGGACUGUUCCUGCCCUGUGCCCCAUUUGCAAUUUAUUUGAACAGCUGAGACUGUCUCCUUGUGUCUACAAGUCUAAUGGCUUUGAAAUGUUUUUCCUGACUCAGCCGGGACCCAAUUUGCAAGACAAGCUUCCAAUGUAGGAACCUCUUGGCAUAACUGCAAACUUCAGUGUGUGUUUUCCUGAAGAUGCGUAAUCAACUUGGAUAUCUUUUAUAAGCUUGGUUUGUUCUCUUGCUCUUUCUCUCUCUCUCACCCCAACAAGUACUGAUAAUUUAUUCUGUUUUCCUCAAAGUAAGAUUGUAUAUAAAGCUGCCAUUGAUCCACCCACCUCAGUACAGUAUUGUCUACUCUGACUGGCAGUGGCUCUCCAGAAAUGGGAAGCUAUUUAGGUGGUGAUGCUGGCGGGGACUGACCCUGACACCUUCUAUGUGCAAAGUCAAUUGUUACCACUGACGUAGCUAUAGACCCUCUCCAUAAUGGAGGUGAUUAUGAUGAACACAGCAGUGCAAUUUUUGAAAAUUAAUUACAUGUUAAAAAGAACAACACAAACGAUUAUUACUGAAGGAGUGUGGGGAAAGCAUGUUGGUAAUGCAGUUGGGGGAGGCCCGUGGCUCAGUGGCAGAGCUUCUGCCCCCCCAUGCAUGUGGAAGGUUCCUGGUUCAAUCCCUGGCAUUACCAUGGAGGCCGGGAGAGAGUCCUGCCUGAAACCCUGGAGAGCUGCUGCCAGCCAGUGUAGACAUUAGUGAGCUAGAUGGGGAGAUGGGCAGAUGGGCCAACUUGGUACAAGGCAGCUUCCUAUAUUCCUAAUUUUAUUUUAUUGUUUCCUUGAAGAUUGUAGACUACCGUGGAUUCAUGAGAGAAUGCAUUAAACACCGGGGAGCCAUGAUCAUUGAUCUGAGUGAGGCUACAGGUAAAAGCCUUAUUAGGGUUAAGCUGAUGUCUUGAAGGUGCCUUCAUCCCUUGCUGCCACCCAAAAGCCAUAGCAUACAAUUCCCACGAACUCCUUGCCAAGGUUUCUGCAAACAUCUUGUACUUGAGGCAUGUUUGUUUGGAUUGAAACUGGAAACACAGUUCACUCUCCGCUACAAACUGCCCUGGAGAUUUGAAAACAGGAUAAUGCACCUUGAUAUAAGUUAAUAGUGUUUUGUGCUAAACAAAGUAAUGUAUGUUUAUUAUGCUCUAAUAGGAAUAUGUUCUGUUUUUUAAAACCCUAAUUACUGAUUUAAUUACUGAUUUAAUUACUCAUUUUAAAGAGUAGUGAUUUUUAAUGAUGCAAGUUUAUGUGAAUUCUGUCAGCUUAAAUUUUGUUCUCUCGCUUUGUGCUGCUGAGUCUGAAGACCAAUGUAAUAAAAGAUACUUGAUUCUGCUCUCCCAGUUUUCAGACAUGGAGUCUUUCCAAGCCCAGGGAGGCCAGGGAUUGAACCUGAAGCCUUCUGCACACAGGGCAUUCUCCCACUGACCUGCAGCCAAUUGUUGUUGUUGGCAUCUGUCUGUCUCAAGAGACAAUGGAGUGCACCUCCGGGGGUGAAGUCAUGCUGCUGCAUUAGCAGCACUAGUGACCUCCCUGGGGCGCAAGCCUGAGCAGUGUGUAGGGAGGUUCUGGGCUGCCCAGACGACAAGAUCCCCUCUUGGCCUCGAUGAUGUGAUCCCAAGGAAAGCAGAACAAUGCCUUUGGCACCAGCUUGCGUUGCCAGUGUGAUAUUUGCUUUGUUGACAAGUAUGCAGGCAGUGCAUGAGUAGAGGCAGGCAAAUGGCAAGGUAACAGGUCUCCCCAGGUUCUGACCGCAGUUUCCACCACAUCCAGCAAGAGAGAUUAACUGUUUUGGAGGAAGAGCUGCAGCCAAGUAGAAGGUCCCAGGUUCCACCCCUGGCACCUCUAGAGAGGGUUGUGAGAGUCCCCUGCUUGAAAUCCUGGAAAGCAGGCCCCUGUCCUGAUGGGCAGUGCUGCCCCUGGGUCUCACUUGUAUAAGGCAGUAAUUUCUGUACUGCUCUGUGCGGGACCCAAAGCUGCGACUAAUGGAGAAGCAAGCUGUCCUCAGGUGCUGACUCUGCGAGCCCCUCCAUCCUGUGCUCAGGCUGCACAUAGGGAUAAAUAAAACCAUCUAUCCUAAAGACACUGCGGUCUCUCUUGACCUUCAUUCCAAGGAAAGUGAACUCCAAGUAAAGCGCUUGCAACCCUUGGAGUCUCUUGUUGUUUGGAGAUUGGGGGGCAUGUAUUAUGAAGAUCAGAGUGCAGCACCCUCAAUUCAUUCCUAAGAAGAAUAUUUUUUCUUCCAUACGUGGGAAACUAUGCUAAACUCAUCACUUUCCUUUCUUCAGGACCUGGCCUUACGUGGGAACAAAAGUGGAUCAAUUAUGUCAAUGUUGUCAACUCCGUCAAGCCCUGGAGAGCAGCUGGCAAACCCUUUGGUCAGUGCCUGGGUCUCUUCCUCCUUUCUCACCUUCUUUUCUUUCUUUCAGAUGACACAGCGUGUGGUUUUCAAUGCUAGCUCUGCCUGCACAAAACAGCCCCCUUCAAGAUGUGACUGGCUUGGUUUUAUUAAUUUCAGCAGAGCUACUUUGAGUAGGAUUAGCUGAAUACCACCUGCAGGUUCUUGGAGUGGGUUUGGGCCAGUUCACACAUGCAUGCCCAACACUCAAGCAAUGCCUCCGCCUGUGCGAAUGUGGCCACAGGACUUCCUCCGCGUGAAGGAUCAUGACUAGCUUGGACUAGGGAGGCCUGGGUUCAAGCACAUGAAGAGCACAAGAGGAGAGGAGGCUCUUGUGCUCAGACCUCGCUUGCGGGUUUCCCCCAGGCAUCUGGUUGGCCCCUGGGCAGCAGCCUCUUCUUAGGUGACUUUGGGCAAGUCAUGCGCUCCCCUGACAGGGUUGUUGCAAGGAUAAAGAGUGAUAUAAGCCACAUGUGCACCAUCUUGAGUUCCUUGCAGGCAGGUGGGAUAGAAGUGUGAAAAACAAAGAAUGAAAUGUGAUCUAUUUCAUAGGAACAGAGGGGGCUGCCUUAUACAAAAUCAGGCUAUUUUGGCUGCAUAGCCCAGUAUUAUUGACUCUGACUGGCAGCAGCUUUCCAGAGACUGAGAUAGAGAUAGGUCUAUCUCCGUUACCUGGUGUUUGGUUACUUUCAAUCAGGACUGAAUGGUGGGGGGCGGGGGGGGGGAGAUGUCCCUGAGAAGGGGAGUGAAGGUGGACAAGGAUCUGGAAAGCAAAUUCUAUCAAUAAAAGCUGUUAGGAAUACUAUUGCAGGGGUGUUGGAGUAGAUGACUUCUAAGGCCCCAUCUAGCAUGACACCCUUGCAAAGCUUGCAGACCUAAGUGAAGGGCAAAGAAACUGGCAGCUGCAUACGUCCUCAGUAUGCCCUCCUUGCCCCAAUUUUAAGCUUGAACAAAGCCUUUAUAAAAGGCUGCUUGAGUGCCUACUGGCAGUGCUGAUGGCUAUUUCCAGAGAGAUGACAGUGGGCUGGGAGCAGUAUCCCUUUCUGUGCACCUGCAACCCUCUGCUGGAAGGAUGAAGUCAGGUAAGAAGCCUCCCUAGCUUUUGUCCAGGGAUACCUUGCACUGUGAGAUGCUCCACCUGCUACAUCUGCCACCUGGGAAGGCAAGAUGCCCAUCUUCUCUUGGGGCUUUGGCUGUGAAUUAUUUCAUACAAUUUGCAACUCUCUUUGGUAUUUUGUAGUGUGUGACCGAUUCUGGCUCUGGACCAGUUAAAAGGCAAGAAAGCAAGAUAAGGAAGAAAGAAAAGACCUAGACGGCUUCUAAGCUCUUUGUGCUUUUAUUAAACUUGCCAGCACCAAAUGAGAAUGUUUUGCUGGGGUUAAGCUUGAACCUGCAA